AAACCACACAUUUUCUUCACAAACCCCUCGAAGUCUCAAAAGAAUGUUAUCGAGAGCCUUUACCAAGCCCAAAAGGAGCCCUAAACACGGAGAUAAUGAAAGCAAAUCAGGGACGUCGAUGCUAGAUUCUGAAGAUUGCCUAGUAGGGUUCAUGGAUGAUCGGCCUUUGUUUUUUUGUGGAGAAAGUGUGUCCUGCCUGAGCUUAAGGGAGACCUUAAGGGCUUCUGUUGGUGUCAUGGGAGAGAGCCCUUUGGGGAUGACUGAAAAGGUGGUUUUAUUACGAGGCAAAGUUUAUGCACUGAAGAGGUUUAGGGCAUUGCGUGUUAGGAGGCGUGAGUUUGGUAAGAGAAUCGAGAGGUUAGUUCAGGUGAGCAAGAGGUGUGAAUAUCUUGUCCCUGUCAUUGCUUACCUAUACACAAAGAGGAUCAAGUUUGUUGUCUGUGAUUAUUUCCCCAUGGGAAGCCUUGCUGACUUGCUCGCUGGUGGAAGGGAAUGCGGUCACACUGCCUUGGAUUGGAAUCAAAGGCUAAGAAUAGCUCUUGACAUUGCACAAGCAAUUACAUUUAUUCACACACAAUACCCUCCGUAUGAAAAGAACAUGCUGAUGAACGUGCACGGGAACAUAAAAUCCUCCAAUGUCAUGAUAACUGUUAACUUCACCGCCCGCUUGUCCGAUUACGGCCUCACUCAACUGGCUGGAGAACUGGAGGAAGUUUCCGAUACUUGGCAAAGAAAGCCGCCCCCCUCGCCUGAAAGUCCUUACACCAACAAAUUGAGUCAGAAAAGUGAUAUUCUCAACUUUGGUAUAUUAUUGCUGGACAUGCUAGGAGGGCCAAGAGUUAGAGAUUUCAGGAAUGGCGUAAUGGAAAGAAUGGAAGAGAUAAAGAAAGGUGAUAUCGAGUUUUUUGAAUUUAUUGUGGAGGGCAAAGAAAGGAAGCAAGCUCUGCUUGUUUUGGAUAUUGCAUUGAAAUGUGCAGACAAGGUGCCGGAAGCUAGGCCUCCAAUAGAACAGACCUUGAGGCGUCUUGGAGAUGUACUUUUGAUUAAAUAG